AUGGCCGCCUUCGUGCGAGUGUCAGGCCCGCCGAACGGUAAUUUUCUGAUCGGCUACCCUGGUAUCUCUGCGACUAUGCCGCGAAUUGAAGGUAAAGUCGAAAUCAGACCCAGCGUUGGCAUCACCGCACCCGUCAAUGUAUCCCUCGUGACAGUAUCCCUCCAUCGCCGCGAGACAAUACACCCGUCAGCAGACUCCGUGACCAAGAAGCAUCUUGCGCCCCCUAGGAAGGAAUUAACUGAUAUUGUCGGCAAGGAGAUGCUGCUUUUUCGCUGUCCGGCCGGUCGAGAAUAUGAGGAAGUGAUAUCCAUGGAUUUGCCUUUUGUCCUCUUCAUCCCGUUCGGACGUGGUGGAUCGGACUCUUCAAGACGCGUUCCUCCGGCCAGCCUGCAACUCCCCAGUCGCACUGCGGAGACAUACUACGAAAUUGUCGUGACGGUCCAACAGGGCCAAUCGGAACAAAGGAAGUAUGCAUUUCCAGUACCGAUCUCACGAUACGACACACUAUCCACGUUUGGAAUGUACAACCGCCCUGAGUCGGCGGAACGGGUGACAGAUCACUUGGUGACUCUAGGAAUCUCGUUACCACGAUGGUCUUACGGCCCUCUCGACCCCGUCAGCGUCUACGUCAAGCUAUCACCGAAUCCGGACUGGAUGGCCAAAGCAAGGAAAGUCACAAUCAACAAGAUUACAAUUGGUAUCGAUGAGGAGAUCAUCUACAACCACGAGGGCGAUGAACCACAGCGCAAGGUCAAAACGCUGGCCAAACGAACAGAACCAAUUGGCGUGAAGUUGCCGCCUACCGGCUUCUUGACAAACUUGGGCUUAGUAUUCCCAGCAAAGGAUCUGCGAGACGCAGAGGGAAUUCUUCCUAGAGGUAAAGCAGCUUUUCCAACGUAUGCUGUAAGCGGUUUCACUACUACAGCAAGUCUCUACAAGAUCGAGUACUAUUUAACAGUCAAGGCGCAUUUGACGUCUGCACGAGACAUUGCGAUUCGACAGCCAAUCGUCGUUUGUCCUCUCGACCAUGCGGGGUGCAAAGAAGAAAUGGAAGCCAUUGAGCAAGCUGCUCGAGAUGCAGUCCAUGUGAACCCAGAUAACCCUAUGUUACCUCUCCCGUCUAUUGUACGGCCCAAUGAUCCCAAUGCCCUGCGACAUCUCGGAGUGGCAAUCGUUGGAAACCAGAAGAAGCCACUAAUCGAUUGA